AUGGCUACAGUAUACAUCGGACGCGACAUUGAAUGCAAUUACCGGAUCUCAAGCAUCGAAAUCAGUCGCAAACACGCGCUGAUCGAGUACUCGGUGUCCGAUAACUACUGGAAUAUUUCAGACUUGAAUUCUAUGGAAACGCGUUCUAUGGAAACGCGUUCCACAAACGGCCUGUUUGUCAACGCCGUGCAGCUCCAGUCGUACAGUCCGUAUCGGUUGGUGAACGGCGACAAAGUGUCGUUUGGUCCGCCAAAUCAGUCACAGUUUUGUUACCAAUUUGUGGACAAUUACUCCAGUGGUGGUCAACAGCCACUCACACAGCCCUCAUCCCAGGGCAACGGCGGCAGUGGUGUUGUUGGCACCGGUAGUAGCGGUGGUGUUGGUAACGGUUCCGGCAUAGCGUACGAGUUGUCGGCCAUCGGACUGACCACUAGUUUACCCACUGUUAUACCGAUCGUUACCCGCAUCCAGACGAGCACCGGUAGCGGCACAUCGGUUGGUGGCCUCACAGCCUCUGGUUAUCGGCACUCAUCGUCCCUGAGGCUGGAUAUCGACGCCAAUCAGAGCCGAACCAUUUCGUUGACGGCCAAUAUGCCGACCACUCGAAGCGGCAUUAACUACAGCCUAUCGACCACUACCACCACAACCAAUACGAGUCGCGGCACCCGAUCUCCCCGUAUGUCCACAGGCGGUGGCAGCGGUUCCCACACAUCGGGAUCCGGUUGGAGGUGCGGCACCACAUUCAGAACCAGUGGUAACCCAUACGUGGACCACGACUACAGUAAUCGUGGCCAGCAUUCGUCGCCCGCACCCAAAGCGGUGAAAGCCGCCCGUUUGGCGCGCAUACGAGAAGCCAUCUGUCGAUCGCCACUAACUGUGGCACCGAUGAUGGCGAGGGGCGAGUCGUCCACAGCGGCGGCCAAAAUGGUGUCCGAUUCGGAGCGCAAACGUUUUGACAAAGAGUUGGCCAAAUUGGAGCGCACGAAGCGGUCGCUGGAGGAGCGCUCGGCCGGCGAGAUGGAAAAGAUCCGGCGCCGG